AUGUCAGCAUCUAAAUUGGUUGUUCAAAGAUAUGAAAAUGAUAAUGAUUUUCAAACUUUGCACAUAGUUAUUGGACAAAAUGACGAUUCGUCAGGCACAAUUUAUGGGAUGUGGAGAGAUGGUAAAGAUGAUGUUAAAAAAAAGGACAAAGAAAAAUCGCGCUUGGUAGUGAAAAUAGUUACGGAGGAAAACACGAGUGAUCUUAAUCUAGAUUUCUGUUCACAUAAAAUAAACAAUAUCGGCCAAUGCGUCUUUGAUACUCCGAAGAAUUUUACAAUGGAUUAUAAUUUAUUGAAAGCAGUUACGAAACCUAUCGUGAUCGGCAAUGAUGUAAGAGAAAGCUUAAAAAAGAAAUCAAAUAUGUUCACCGAAUUAACACCAUUGCACUACAAAUAUCCAAUGAGUGAAAAUAAAAACAUUCAGAACACACAACCGGACAGUUUUACUCUAGGGAGUGAUGAAACUGAUGUCAUAAGUCCACUUGAAUAUAGCCUAGAAAAGGUGAAGGAAAAUAACGCGAGAAUAAUGGAAAACAUUCAUAUGCUAAAUAGAGCUUUGAAUUACACUAAAAAGAAAGAGAUAUCGGAUACAAUAAACCCAAAAUCGAUGCGGUCUUAUCCAUGCGACGAAUGUGGUAAAUGUUUUGUGUACGAAACAGGAUUACGAAGACAUUACUCAGUGCGACAUAUAAGCUCAGACUCCCAGCCACGAUGGCAAUUUGUGUGGACAUGUACUGAAUGUUUUCAAGUAUGGCCUAGACAAGACAUAGCUUAUAAGCACGCAAAUAAAUGCUGUAAAACUGAAAACACUGAUUGUGUUAGAGAAAUAAAGACUUCAUCGCUUUUGCAAUGCGAAUUUUGCGAAAAGGUAUUCACAAGCAUACCAAGAAUAUUAAGGCAUUCUAAAAUGCAUACAGUAACAAAUAACUAUGAAUGCAAUGCAUGUGACAUUGCAUUCUCUUGUUACAAGACUGCUGAGCAGCAUUGGUUGAUAUGCCCAUGGUUGAAAAUGUGCUACCAGUUCUCAUUGCCAAAAAUGUUGUUAUGUAAUGCAUGUGAUCGAAAAUUCAGAAAUUACAACCAGCUUUACAAUCACAGGUACAAAUCGAGUCACUUCAUACCGAAGAUAUCGGAAGAAAGUGACUGCACAUUACCCACACUAGUUUAUCAGUGUGAAAUUUGUGGUCAAUGGUUCAACACUACGAUGCAACUAGAGACUCAUAGAAACCAGUGCCACCCGCACUACGACAAUGGAAUUAUUUCAUUGUAUUGUAAGUAUUUAACAUAUUUGAUAGUCAUUCUAUGA